CUUUACCAUGCACUCCCUUGUGGCCCCUUGUGGGUACCUGGACCUCAUUUUGAAAAUGCCUUUCUUACAUCUCAAAAAUCGUCAAAAAGCACUUUUUGAAAAUGAGCAGUUAUGGUAAAUUUAAUUUUAUUUCUUUUGUAAGGGCAGAUCUUACACUUUGGAACUCACAGGUCCCUGCAGGAACCCAUGUUUUUGAUUUCUUAAGCAAACCAACAUAAAAGAAAAUAUCCUUGAAUGACUUGAUGGCACAACGCGAAAAAGAUUAACAUGUUGUAUAAUAUAUAAACUUCUUGUCUGUUCUUCCUUUACUGAGAAAUCCAUUAAGAUUGGGACAUUUUAGAUUAGAUGUAUUUGUCUCAGUUCUUGGAUGCACCUGCUCGAGACAAUCCUGGGAUUUACAGUUUAUUUUUGACUAUCCUUCCUGGUCUAAAAUAGAGUUGACUGGAUUAGGUUUGUUGUAAAAAGUCACUCAUGCAUCUAAGCCCAAGCCAGGGAUUGUAAAAGCAAAGUCUAUUUUUUGGUGCUGGAAGAUAUCUUGGCGAUUUGCUUUGGUUUAUAUUUGUUCAGUUGUUAUUUUUAGAUUCAGAAAUCGGGUGAUGGGCGUGUACUAUUUUGCAAGAAACUACUAGCGGAGCGUCAUGGGUUUUGCUGUGACUCGUAGCGCCACGCAUGUGGAGUUGAUUGUCUCAACCCUUGCAUGAAGUCCUAGGAGUGACUGUCCAGUAACUUUUCACUGGUUAGAGGAAUAAGUGACUGCUCAGACCAUGGGAGUUGCAAACUCAAGAGACUAUCAACCAACGAUAACAGUUGUGCUGAAAAGACGCAAUGAGCCCCUGAAGAAAGAUAAGCCCAAGUGGAAAAGUGAAUAUCCUAUGACAGAAGGCCAGCUGCGCAGUAAAAGAGACGAAUUCUGGGACACAGCCCCAGCUUUUGAUGGCCGUAAAGAGAUCUGGGAUGCACUGAAAGCCGCAGCUGUAGCGACUGAAUGUAACGACCAUGAACUGGCGCAGGCUAUUGUAGAUGGAGCCAGCAUCACACUGCCUCAUGGGUCUCUUAUGGAGUGCUAUGAUGAACUGGGGAACCGCUAUCAGCUCCCUGCAUACUGCUUGGCUCCUCCAGUCAACCUGGUAUCCGAGUGCAACGAUCGUAAUGUGUCUGAAAACUCUGAGCUACAGGAGAAGAAGGAGAAGGAGUUCCAGUUGAAGGUACGUCUCUCCACCGGAAAAGACCUCCGCCUCAGCGUCACAAUGGCCGACUCCAUACGUCAACUAAAAAAACAGCUUCAAAUUCAGGAAGACAUUGACACCACCCACCAGCGAUGGUUUUUCUCUGGGAAGCUUCUCACGGAUAAAACACGUUUACAAGACACCAAGAUCCAGAAGGACUUUGUAAUACAGGUCAUUGUUAGUCAGCCCAUUGUCCCCAACUAAACACACAAAACAUUGAACUGGGACUCAGUGAACUCAAAUCUACCGUUCCUACUGUAUAAAAUCACUCAUCAGGUUUUAAUUUUAACACAUGUCCUUUAAAUUUUUCUAACUGAAUUGUCCAUGUUCUUAAUUCAUGAGGAGCUGAAAAGAAACAUUAAUAUAGCUAUACAUGAAUUGGAGAGUAUAUUCAAAAGAUUUAUCAAAAUCAGCUAAGUUUCUGUUUACUGUACUCUUAACACUCCAUAAUUAAAUUAAACCUUGCCUUCUUGGUUUUAAUAUCCCUACAUAUGUUGUGUGGAUAUAUUCAAUUCCAUAUUCUAUGUGGUAUCAUUUGCCUUCAUCCUUGAUUCGUCUGGUGUCCAAUAUUGAGCAGAACUCAGAGCGUUUGGAUUAUUAAAAGGUUGUCAGGACAUUAAUCAUUGACUGUUAUGAGACUUACAUAUCUGUGUUAUCUGUAAAUGCAACAACAGCCCGUGUUCAUAUUCUGAAGUUCAAGUAUAUUCAUUUGUUUGUAGAUACGCUUUUAUAAUUUAUUGCAGGACUAAGAGGUCAAUUAUUUCUAAUAAAAAUGUAUUUUAAAUGUUGAAACUAGAUCUAAACUGUAUAAUUGUAAUA